AUGGGAGUGAAUGACUUGUGGCAAAUUCUGGAACCUGUUAAACAACAUAUUCACUUGAAUAGUCUUGGUGGGAAAACCAUUGCUGUUGAUCUGAGCCUUUGGGUAUGUGAAGCACAGACAGUCAAAAAAAUGAUUGGAACCGUCACAAAGCCCCACCUCAGGAACUUAUUUUUUCGUAUCUCACAUUUAACACUAAUGGAUGUAAAAUUGGUAUUUGUUAUGGAAGGGGAACCCCCAAAGUUGAAAGCUGAUGUCAUAAAUAAGAGGAAUCAGACUCGAUAUGGGCAUUCUGGAAAAACAUGGUCUCAGAAGACAGGGAGAUCACACUUUAAAUCAGUGUUAAGAGAGUGUCUUGAAUUGCUGGAAUGCUUAGGCAUUCCCUGGGUCCAGGCUGCUGGGGAGGCUGAGGCCAUGUGCGCGUACCUCAAUGCCCACGGUUAUGUGGACGGCUGCCUCACCAAUGAUGGGGAUGCUUUCCUUUAUGGCGCCCAGACUGUCUACAGGAAUUUCACUAUGAAUACCAAGGACCCUCAUGUUGACUGUUACACAACAUCAUCUAUCAAGAGUCAACUAGGUUUGGAUAGAGAUGCUCUGGUUGGAUUAGCAAUACUACUUGGCUGUGAUUAUCUUCCAAAGGGGGUCCCUGGAGUUGGAAAAGAGCAAGCAUUAAAACUUAUACAGAUUUUGAAAGGGCAGAGUUUACUUCAGAGGUUCAUUCAGUGGAAUGAAAAAUCUUGUUACUCUAAUCAACAACCACUAGUUGCUAAAAAACCGGCCCAUUGCUCUGUGUGUUCCCACCCAGGUUCACCUAAGGAUCAUGAAUGUAAUGGAUGCAAAUUAUGUCAAACUGAUCGAUACUGUGAACCACAUGAUUAUGAAUACUGUUGUCCUUGUGAAUGGCACCAAACAGAGCAUGAUAGGCAACUGAUUGCAGUAGAGAACAACAUUAAGAAAAAAGCUUGCAGUUGUGAGGGAUUUCCAUUCCAUGAGGUUAUUCAAGAAUUCCUUUUGAACAAGGAUAAAUUGGUGAAAGUAAUCAGGUUCCAAAGACCUGAUUUAUUAUUGUUUCAGAGAUUUACUCUUGAAAAAAUGGAAUGGCCUUAUCACUAUGCAUGUGAGAAAUUGUUGGUACUUUUGACCCGCUAUGACAUGAUAGAAAGAAAACUUGGUAGAAGGAACUCUAAUCAACUACAGCCAGUUAGAAUUGUUAAAAACCGGAUCAAAAAUGGAGUUCAUUGCUUUGAAGUAGAGUGGGAAAAGCCUGAACAUUAUGCUUUGGAAGAUAAAAAUGGAGAAUUAGUUCUACAAACAAUAGAAGAAGAAUCAUUAUUUGAAGCAGCUUUUCCAGAGAUUGUUGCUGUUUACCAAAAACAAAAGUUAGAAGUUAAAAGAAAGAAAAAGGAAAGCAUGAGAACUAAGCCUAAAGAAAACAAUCUGCCAGAGGCAUAUGAUACAAGUUUUCAGUCACUCAUAACUUUAAAACCCACAUGUGAAAUCUCUUCUGAACAAAAUUCCCAGCUAAAUUUGGAAACUUUCCCUGGUUCUGCAUUACCCCAGGAAUUUAUUUCUGCGUCAUCAGAUAGCUUGCCUUUAUCUGCAGAUGCUCUCCAUUUGAACACACAAGAACAUUUUGUAUCUUCUUCAAGACCUUUGGCUAUACAGCAAAUGAAAGCUGUCAGGAAGUCUCUGGUUUCAGAAUCUAGUCAACCAAAUAGCUCAUUCCACAAUGUGUCGACGGUUGCUGAUCUACACUUGAGCACCAUUGAUUGGGAAGGAACUUCUUUUAGUAAUUCUCCAGUUAUUCCAAGGAACUCUUGCUCUCACGGUUUAAAAUCAAAACUUCAAACCACCAUCCCUGAUAGCUUGAAAACUAUGCCAGGAGAAUUGUCAUGUGAUAAAGUGUUGGAUUGGGAUCUUCGAAAAACUAAUCCUGAAGAGCAUCUACUUUCUGGUAUUACUGAUUUACAUCUUCAGGAUUUGCCUUUAAAGGAACGAAUACUUACUAAAUCAUCACAACCUAAGGAUAAUGUACAACCAGAUACGGACCUGAGAACUUCAUCUCUACUCGCAGUAAAAGAAUCUUGUAUUGACAACAGUAGUUCUGAUUAUCCAUCACAUAUUUCAGAGGAUCUUCUAGGAAUUUAUUUGCAAAAUGAAUCUAGGUACUAUGAAGUUCUAAAAGAAUACCAGCUAUUUCAAGAAAACUAUAAAGUGAAUACUUUACCUCAUUCUGUCAAAAACAUGAUAGUAAAGACCUCUAAUAUUAGGGCUGAACCACCAAAUACUCCUUUCGAUCAUAGUAGAAAAGUUGACUUGAAAACCACUCAGAAAAUUGUAAUGAGGAAAAGUGUUUGCCUUGACAGAUAUUCCUCUGAUGAAGAAAGUAUGCCAGGGUUUGGGAAAGCUAAGUAUGCACAUGAAAAAAUGAAGCAGAGCUUUCAGAAACGUAAACCAGCUCAAUUCAAGAAAAAUGAUACCAACAAAUUGAUACAGGUUAAAGGAACUGAACAGUAUGUCCAGGCUUAUAAAACAGCUGGAAAUGAAGAAAAAUAUUCCCUAGAGGCAGCAAAAGGUUCUCUGAACUUUUUACAGUGUCAAAAGGAAAAAGAUGACGCCAGUACUUAUCUGGAUAGCCCUCUUCCUUUAUGUCAGAGGUUAAAACUGAGGUUCCAAAACACUUGA